AUGGAUCACACGAUACACUGCGCAUCCGCGAUUGCGUUCCUCGAGGGCCGCCACAGGCUGCCUCUCCCCCGCAAUGCGCACGACAUUACACUGCCCAAUCUGAGCCGACGCCUGCUUGCCAUUGAGCACAAGCUCGACGACGUGCCCACGCCGUCUCCCUUUGAGGUGUCCACCUGGAACGGCAUGGUGUGGCGCCUGUGGCGCAUACAGGCGAAGCAUGCCGAGACCCCGAUCAUCAGGGAAAAGCUUGACCUGAUGGCGGGCGAAGCUGCGGAGGACGAAUUGCGCGUGACGCGGCUCGAGGGUCUGCUGGACACCCUCAGCGCCGAUUUGCCCGAAAUUAGAUGCCCGAGGGAAGCGGAGGAGCAGCAGGGCGAGGAGGGCGGGGAGGAGUGCGAGGCAUGCGCGCGCGUCAUAGUCCAGAAGCUGGCGUAUCUGGGCGGCUCGCACAAGUUUUUCGCGCCCUUUGUGGGGUCCUAUUCCAAACGCUACAUCUACGCGUAUGCUGCGUCGCUCUCGAUUGGGAUCAAUAUGAGUCGAGCGGCUGCGAAACCCCCUCUGUGUCCGUGGCCGUCUCGUGGCACCAUGGAUGGCUCCUAUGCGGGAUAUCCGGACAGCACCGCGCGGCCUGAACCUUACCCGAAGGCUCCUCCUCCUCCCGGGCCGGCGGUCCCUUCUCGCUCUCCCUCGGAGAGGGGACGGAGAAGAGCUCGGGUCGAGAGCUUGACGGAUCGAGGAGCGUCUCCCCGGGCAUAUGGCGAUGCAGGAUGUGGCUUUGACAAUGUUUGUCAGAAACCGGGCUGCAUGCAUGAAAUACUUCGAGAAGCCAGAUGCCAGCGCCCAGUAACCAAUCAUCACGUCUCGAGAGCGCCCCAAUAUCGUCGGAGAGUCCCCCGUACGGCUGCUAGAGACGAUGCCGAGUUCUUGGAUCACGACAUCUUUGAGGAGCAGGAAGCGAGACGACGUCGUGAAGGAAGAUUGAAUGAAAACACUCUUCAGGGAGACACAUUGAUUCAGAAUGGCCAUACAGAAGCCAAUUUCGAUCAAGACUACACAAAUCAGUCCGCCCUCAACCACGAAUAUGACAGUGCCCUCAAACAGAAUGCCCCUCACGGAACUGGACGCCGGAGCUGCAUCUUCAAUCGCGACGUCCCUCAAGGAGACGCCCUCCGUUACGAUGUCGCCCAUGAGCACGAAUGUUACGGACACACCCUCAAUCACAACGCCUCACAAGGAGCCGGGCGCCAGAGCGGCAUCUUCAAUAACAACGUCUUUCAAAGAGCCGGACGCCAGAGCGGCAUCUUCAAAAACAACGUCCCUCAGGAAGCAAGACGCCAGAGCAGCAUCUACAAUCACAACGUGCCUCAAGGAGAGGCGCUCCGCGAUGAUGCCGUCCAAGAGCACGAGUAUCACAGAGGCACCUGCGAUUGCAACGCCUACCAAGGCGCCGCACUUGAUCAAGACGUCUCUCCGGGCGCUGCGUUCAAUCAGAGCUCGUCUCACGCGGCGACCUUUGAUGACAAUUUUCCUGAAGGCGACGAUUUCAAUCAAGACAUUGCACAAGCGUCGGGUCUCGAAUUCAACACAUUGAAUCGCGAUCCGUCCGAGACGGAGGCGGCGUUCCUCGUCAAUAUUUCUGAGCAGGCUCGUUCUGGCCCUGCGGGAAACAGCGCACCGGGAGUUGACUUGUUGGUAGAUGAACCCUCGGCCGCGCCCAGCAUCUCUGAGAUGCUGCCGCGUCGUUGGCCUGUUGGGGUGAACAGAGAUCCCCAUGCUGGAUUUGUAUCGCCAGCUCCGAAGCCAUCAUCAUUGAUUCCGAAGCCGUCUCCAGCUGCUGCGAGGGUAUCACCGGCUCCAGAGGCAUCGCAAGGGCCGACUUCUGACAAGUCUGCCUGGGUGAAGAAGGUGAAGUUUUGGCGGUCCAAGAAGGCUAGGUCAGGGGGUAGAGCGUCGGUGUGA